UUCGGGUCGCGGGGCGGAGGGAAGUGCGGGCGGGCGGGAGGCUCCGGCGCCAGACGAGGAGGAAAAGGAGCUACGAUUAGUCUCCUAGAGGCCGCGGAGUCAGCGACGACCAAGACAACCGAGACGCCGCCGCCGCGCCCCCAUGGCGGCUACCAAGGAAAGUCAUGAGGAUCAUGAUACCUCCACCGAGAAUGCAGACGAGUCCAACCAUGACCCCCAGUUUGAGCCAAUAGUUUCUCUUCCUGAACAAGAAAUUAAAACGCUGGAGGAAGAUGAAGAGGAACUUUUUAAAAUGCGGGCCAAGCUGUUUCGAUUUGCUUCAGAGAAUGACCUCCCAGAAUGGAAGGAGCGAGGCACUGGUGAUGUCAAGCUCCUGAAGCACAAGGAGAAAGGGACCAUCCGCCUCCUCAUGAGGAGGGACAAGACCCUGAAGAUAUGCGCCAACCACUACAUCACACCAAUGAUGGAGCUGAAACCCAAUGCUGGCAGUGACCGCGCCUGGGUCUGGAACACUCAUGCUGACUUCGCUGACGAGUGCCCAAAGCCCGAGCUGCUCGCCAUCCGCUUCCUGAAUGCCGAGAAUGCACAAAAAUUCAAAACAAAGUUUGAAGAAUGCAGGAAAGAAAUUGAAGAGAGAGAAAAGAAAGGACCAGGCAAAAAUGAUAAUGCUGAAAAAGUGGCUGAAAAGCUGGAAGCUCUUUCUGUGAAGGAGGCUGGAGACAAGGCGGAAGAGAAAUCGGAGAAGCAAUGAGUUAAUAUUUCUUCCCUCCCUUCUUUUCUUUUUCUUUCUCUUUUUUUUUUAAA